CAGCCUAACUCUGUCCUCUCUCCUAUACUUCCUGCACACCCUCGUCGUCGUCCCAGAUGGCGACCGACGGCGCGGUACCAGAUAUUAGCGUAACUCCACCUGAUGCUCAAGCUCAACUCCAUGCUAUCGCCGCAAAGGAUGCCGCCAAAGGUCAGGUGCCAGUGUACACCUUCAACCCGAACGCUUCCCCAGAAGCAAAGGCUGCAGAGGCAGGGAAGGGACGAGAAAAGCUGAAGAGUGGCAAGGACGACGUUGGGAACGGCGGCGUUGAGGUCCAAGUCGACACCGGCAACCCCAAUGUUGUGCCCACCAUUACUAUCGACGACGUGGACAAAGUCGCAGCUGAGGAGCCGCUAUCUGCAUUGCAACAGCAACCCCCAGGUGCUAUGCCCGCUGGCGCUGCGCCUCCCAUCCCCGACUGGUACAAAGUUGGCUGGCGCGCAAUCAGCGGAGUUGACAACUCUGCGCUGCCUGAAGGAGAAGUCAAAGAUAAGACCGUCUUGGACGCUUUUUUGAAGGAGCAAUUCUACGGUGACUGGUAUCACAAUGCCGCAAUCAUUGUUGUGGUUAUCAUUGUGACCCAUUUUUUGACCCGUUUCCACUUCGGGUGGGGAUGGCUCUUCAUUGUGCUGGCCUUCUGCAGCACUUACUACACCACCUCCAUGGCUCGCCUACGCAGCCGUGCUCGAGACGACAUUCAACGAGAAUUGAUGAAGACGCGUCUUAUGGACACUCACGAGUCUGCUGAAUGGAUCAACAAUUUCCUGGACCGCUUCUGGCUCAUUUACGAACCUGUCUUGUCACAGACUAUUGUGGCGACCGUCGACCAAAUUCUCAGCACGAAUUGUCCGCCUUUCCUCGAUUCGCUCCGCAUGACCCAGUUCACCUUGGGUAACAAGGCUCCUAGGAUCAUCAAGGUCAAAACGUACCCCGGCACGCCCGACGACAUCGUUCUCAUGGAUUGGGGUCUGUCGUUCAGCCCCAACGACAUCUCUGACUUAACGCCUAAGCAACUCCGCAACAAGGUCAACCCAAAGAUUGUUAUCUCCGUCCGUGUUGGCAAGGGUAUCGCCGCCGCCGCCAUGCCGAUUCUGUUGGAGGAUAUGAGUUUCAGUGGUCUCCUACGUGUUCGUAUCAAACUCAUGACGGCAUUCCCUCAUGCCCAAGUUGUCGACUUGUCGUUCAUGGAGAAACCGACCUUCGACUACGUCCUCAAACCUCUCGGUGGGGAGACGUUUGGUUUCGACAUUGCCAAUGUCCCGGGUUUAUCUGCUUUUAUUCGGAACAUGGUGCACUCUAUUCUUGGGCCCAUGAUGUAUGAUCCGAACUUCUUCACCUUGAAUAUCGAGCAGAUGCUUUCGGGCGAGCCGCUCGACUCAGCGAUCGGUGUCCUACAGGUUACCAUCCAGAGUGCUCGCGGUCUGAAAGGAAGCAAGAUCGGCGGCGGUACCCCCGACCCUUACGUCAGCCUGAGCAUCAACCAGCGCGCUGAGCUGGCUCACACAAAGUGCAAGCGCGAUACAGUCAACCCGGCAUGGAUGGAGACUAAGUUUAUCCUGGUCAACAACCUAACAGAAACCCUGAACCUGAGUGUUCUCGACUACAAUGACCACCGGAAAGACACCGAGAUGGGCUUUGCUACCUUCGAUCUCGCCAAGUUGCGUGACGAUGCUACUUGGGAGGGUGUUGAAGCGCCGGUGCAGAAAGAUGGCAAGGAAAGAGGCACUAUACGUUUCGAUGUCAGCUUCUUCCCAGUCCUGAAGCCGGGCACUGCAGGCAUCGAAGAAAUCCUUGACAGCAAUGUGGGUAUCGUCCGUCUCACCAUUCACCAAGCCAAGGAUCUCGACCAGUCUAAGUCUAUUACUGGCGACCUCAAUCCCAUGGCGAAGGUCUUCCUUGGCAACGGCCAGGUUGUGCACAAGACGCAGAAGUUCAAGCGUACGAACAACCCCGUCUGGGAGUCAACCACAGAGUUCCUGUGCUCUGACAAGAGCACCUCAACCGUCACGGUGAGGGUCAUUGAUGACCGCGACUUCUUGAAGGAUCCCGUCAUCGGCCACAUGACCGUCCGCCUGGGAGACCUGCUGGAAGCCAAGAAGGAAGUCGGGCGCGACUGGUGGCCACUCAGCGGUUGUGCAUCUGGCGCGAAGCUUCGCGUCAGUGCAGAAUGGAAGCCGUUGAACAUGGCUGGCAGUUUGCAUGGCGCGGACCAGUACGUCCCGCCGAUUGGCGUUGUCCGGGUGUGGUUGAAGAAGGCGCAAGACGUCAAGAACGUGGAGGCGACCCUAGGUGGGAAGAGCGAUCCCUACGUCCGUGUGCAAAUCAACAACAUCACACUGGGUCGGACAGAGGUCGUCAACAAUAACCUCAGUCCCGAAUGGGAUCAGAUCGUCUACAUUCCUGUGCACUCGCUAAAGGAGACAAUGAUGCUGGAAUGCAUGGAUUAUCAGCAUCUCACGAAGGACCGCACGCUUGGCCUCGUUGAGCUUAAAGUCUCGGACUUAGCGGAACCUGUUGAAGGAAGUCAAACAUACUCUUCCAAAGGGAAGCAGAUACGCGAGGAUCCAAUAAAGCUCGACAAGGGUACCUAUAAGGGCAAGCUCUUCUACGAAGCUCAAUUCGUCCCGGCGAUGCCUGUCAAGAAUGUAAAGUUUAACAGCGGUCCAAACGCCAUCGAGCGCGCUGUUCAAGGAAACGAUGACCUUGAGGGCGAUGACAUCUCGACGCAUAAUAGCUCCGAGUCGGAAAAGCAGGAUGUUCCGGAUGGUAUCACGGUGUCUGCACCUCUUGACGAAGAUGAGCAGGUGCAGAAGGGGCACAGGAAGACGGGGUCGACUGAUACCACUAAAACUGCGAAUACUACGCGCACUGCUGACACUCAGCUGACACGCAACUCGUCCGUAUCUAACAAUGAGAAGCGUCCAGAAGAUGAUGCCCCAGAGAUGAGCCCCGAGGAACUUCUCCAACAUCAGUCCGGUGUUAUUAUAUUCAACGUCAUUAGCGGACAGCUGCGGAAGAAGGCGCGGCUGGAAGUUCUGUUGGACGACGCCUAUUGGCCUGCAUUUAGCACCGUCCGAGCGCGCAGCCAGCACGUCCUGUGGGAGUACAUCGGCGAGGGCUUCGUCAAAGAGCUCGACUUCGGCCAAGUGUGGCUCCGGCUCAACGACGCUGACGAGGGUGAAAAGGAUGAGAUCAUCGCCGAGUAUAAAGGCAGUGCGAAAGACUUCUUGCAGAAGACCCUCACAGGCUCUGCGCAUUUCACGCUGCACGAUAUCGAGGAUGAUAACAAGACGUGUACCGUGGAGAUUGAGACGCGCUAUGUCCCCGUGUCCAUUACUCUGGAACCACGUGAGAGCGUGAACAACCAGGGUAUCAUGAAUGUCACGCUCAUCAACGGCAGAGAUAUCCAUGCCGCGGACCGCGGUGGUAAAUCCGACCCCUUCGUUGUCUUCUCGCUCAACGGACAGAAGGUCCACAAGUCGCAGACCAAGAAGAAGACGGUCAAUCCAGACUGGAAUGAACAGUUCGUUGUUCAAGUUCCAUCAAGAGUGGGCUCGAGCUUCACUCUCGAAGUCUUCGACUGGAAUCAGAUCGAGCAGGCAAAGAGCUUGGGCUUGGGCACGAUCGACCUGGAGAGCCUGGAACCCUUCGUCGGCGUGGAAAAGACCGUCCCGCUAUCCCACCACAAACAUGGCGACAAGGGCUCCAUCAAGCUCAUGCUUACUUUCCGUCCCGAGAUUAUCGCCAAGGCUCGCAAGAACACUUCCACGUUCUCUACCGCGGGUCGCGCCAUGACCCAGAUUGGCCACCUCCCCGUCGGUGCGGGCAAGGGCGUCAUACAUGGUGUCACCGGCGUCUUCAAGCGAGGCAAUAGCUCCGACUCUGACGACGACAAGGCAUCCAUCAAGGAUGCUGCUGUCGUUGCCGCUGCCCAGACACCAUCAGGACAGGCGACAGUCGCCCAGAACGGCACAACUCUGCUGCCCGUCAGCGCGUCAUUCCCUCAGUAUAAUGGCACUGGCACUGGCGGUGCCUCGACCGACCCUGGAACGCUGAAGAUCACCGUGCUCGAUGCGAAGGACCUCUCGAUGAACGAUGCGAAGCCGUAUGUCACCGUUCGUGUCGGGGAUAAGGAGCACAAGACGAAGCACGUCAAGUCCGCGACUCCUGAAUGGCAAGAGACGUUCUCUUUUGCCGCUGGUCCGUCACAGUCGAAGCUACAUGUCUGGGUCCUCGAUCACAAGACUCUAGGCAAGGACAAGCCCAUGGGAUCCGGCGAAGUCGAUAUUUGGCGGCAUCUCCAGCCCGGUGUUUCUGGCUCUGCAGAUGUCAUGAUCGAGCUGCGUGAGGGUCAGGGCCAGCUUCGUCUACGCCUCGACUUCGAUGCCGAGCGCGUAAGUCUCCGCAAUCGUGCGUCGAUGUCGUCAAUUGAUGGGCGAACCUCGCCAACAUCGACGGCUCCAUCGCGUUUUAGCUUGAACCGGCGGAGAGAGAAAGACGACUGAGCCGCGCAACUAACUGACCGACUGCUUCAUUUCUCCCACAUGCCUACAUCUACGUAUGCUAUUCCAAAGAGUCUGCCCGUAGACGUCUGUAAUUCCUCUUACUCGCGUAUUAUGAUACGUCCACCUCUUAUCUCACAACGAACACUUGCAAUGAUUCCGUAACUUUAUCAUCCGGACUUGUCCCAUAGUGUCCUUUUCGG